AUGGCUGUCUCUGCGUUAUUGUGUAUCAAUAUCCAUGGAUGUGCAUGGCCUCGAGACAUACCGAACGAAACGGACACCGAGUCCGAUUGCUCUGGACUGCAUAAUGCGCAGCCCCCUGUAGACGGCGACCUAUCUCUUUAUGACUACGACAUUUCGCUCGUUAUCUUCUGGAUGUUAACAAGUGAACACACUUCUCUCAAACCUCGUACCGAACUAAGCACUAGCCCUCGGUUCCGGCGGUAUUGGCGAUCGGGCACUGAGUUGCAUACCAUGAAUAUGCCGCCGUUCUGUCUUCUACUGCAUGCCAUAGAAACAGCGUCGUGUUCCACAAUGAACCCGAGCCAGCCGGACUUGUGGACCAUCGAAAGAUACGCUAACGAGCUUCUGAAAGAAAGAUGGCUAACACUUACGGAACUAACCGCCGGUCUCAAUCAUGGGCACGUUGAACUGACUUUUUGGAUAAGGGUGGUCCGAGGCUUAAAGCAUCGUACCAUUUCUCAGGGAGUGUCUUCACUGACGGAAAGGGUGGUAAAGUUCUUGUUUCUGCGCUUACUUAGCGAGGUUUCUGUCUUCGACAAGGUUCCCUUUAGCGAUGUCUCGAACUAG